UGUGAGAGCUGUGAUUGGUCACAGCUUGUCGCAUGGUACAAGGCUGUUGUGAAUAGCCUUGUACCAUGUGAUCUCUGUGAUCAUUCACAGAUUUCACACAUAGUAAGCAAUGAUGUCAGAAGUGACAUCUUCCUUACUACUAUUCAUGCGAUCACUGAUUGGCCAAUCAGUGAUCACAGGCACCCCGUAGGUGCCGCACGCUCCCAGGGAGCGCGCACAGGCAAUGAACGCGGAGGCCAUUUAUAAACAGCCACCCGCUCCUGCACUGCUCCCAUCUGGCCAUUUAUGUACACAGGCCAGACGGGAAGUGGUUAA